AAUUUAGUUUACUCUUACAAAAGUACCAACACGAAACCGAAUUAGCAUGUGGCCGAUAUCUCUCCCCCGAUCUGUGACGUCACUUGUAAACAAUGGCGGAGGUGGACUACAAUAAACUUGGAGAGGAGCUGGAAAAGCAAGAACUAGAUGCUCCUAAUGGUGUUCCCCCUGCACAUGUCUAUGAGCAGCUGCUCACCAUCUACCUUCUACAGAAUGACUUAACUGCCGCAAAAUUUUUAUGGAAGCGAAUACCAGGUAGCACCAAGAAUGCAACUCCAGAGUUGGCCCACAUAUGGGAGGUUGGACAACACCUAUGGCAGCGGGACCUGCCAGCUGUGUACACUGCUCUGGCUCAUGAGUGGUCUCCAACAGUAAAAGAUAUCAUGAAAGCCCUCCAUGAACAUGUGCGGAAUCGGGCAGUUGAACUUGUAGGACGAGCAUAUACUUCAAUCAGGGCAGAUGAUUUUGCCCAAUUAGUUGGUAUGAGUGUUGAAGAGGCAGUAACUUUAGCUCAGGGGCAUGGCUGGGGUUAUGAUGAGCCCACCUGUAUGAUUUUACCUGUGCCCAAGACACCCCAGCCUCAUGCUCCCACUCCAUCUGAAGAACAGUUGCGCCGCCUGGCUGACUAUGUAUCAUUCCUUGAAAACUGAUGAAUGAACUGCCUAUAUUUAUUUGUUUGACUUCUCUUCUAGCAUUGCUGUACAUUUUCUUCAGCUUUUUUUAUUUAUUUUAUUUUUUUAUUAUUAUUAUUUUUUUUUUUAUGGAUCCUCUUAAUUUCACAUUAUAAUGAAUUUAGUAUGUUCAAACAAAGAUAUAUAUUUUGUUGUUUUCAUGCUAUAUAUUUAGUGGUCAGUUUGCUAAAUAGGCAUCCAACUUUAGUUAAAAAUUAACAACUAAUUAACAGUAAUAAAUAAUAGCAAUGCUUGUUUUCAUCAAAAAUUAAAUGAAGUUGAUAACUUGAAAGAAAUGUACUAUAUGUUAACAGAAAAAACAUCAACAUAUAUAAAAGUAGCUAUUGCCUUCAACACAGCUGACUGAAAAUACUGCAUGAUGCAAUGAACAGUACCAAUUAUGGGUGAGUUAAGCAAGGCAACCAAUAGCAAAUAAGUGGUUAUAGGAAUAUUAUACUUCAGUAUCUGACAACAUCAUUUGAGUCAUAAAUGUGGAAACAGAGGUCAGUAAAGUUUUAAUUAAGA